AUGACUCUUAAUCUUGAGAGUUGUGAUAGUCUGCCUCCGGACGAGGAACCUAAAUUAAAAUACGAUCGAAUGGGUAAUGACGUCCAAAAUAUUCUACUGAAGGACGCUGUUAGUUGUAUUUGUGUGCAUACAAAGUUUAUUUGCCUCGGCACGCAAUGGGGUGUUAUACACUUGCUUGAUCACGAGGGGAACACAGUGCCAAUUUCGCAGGACAAAAAUCAGAAGGAUCUCCAGGCACACGCUAUCGCAGUAAACAAGAUAUCAGUAGAUCUGAAUGGGGAUUACAUCGCGAGUUGUUCAGAUGAUGGGAAGGUGUUGGUAUACGGCUUAUACACCGAUGAUAAUACUCAUAACCUCACUUUAAGUAGAAUUGUCAAGUCUGUUGCCUUAGAUCCUCACUAUUUUAAAUCUGGGUCUGGAAGAAGGUUUCUUACAGGUGACAACAAAUUGACCCUGUAUGAAAAAACUUUCCUGAAUCGCUUACGUAGCACAGUCCUUUGUGAGUGCGAAGGCUACGUCCAGGCUAUAGCCUGGCAGGAUCGCUUUGUAGCGUGGGCAAGCGAGGUUGGCGUGCGAGUGUACGACCUCGUAGCCCGCUGCUCUCUAGGUCUUAUACAAUGGGAGAAAAGCCCGAAUAGGUCCAUAGAAGACUACCGCUGCAAUCUUCUCUGGUCCGCACCAAAGACUCUAAUGAUUGGCUGGGUCGACACAAUUCGAAUAUGUGUUAUACGAAAGCGCAGCCACAUCGAAUUACAAACACGGGACGUGACUGAAUACUUAGUUGAUCCUGUGCACACAUUUCAAACAGACUAUUUCAUCAGUGGUCUUGGCCCUCUGGACGACCAGCUGGUUUUGCUAGGCGUGCCAAAAGAGUUUGACGCGGACACCGGCAAAGCACAAAGACCUGUACUCACCGUAGCGGAUUACAAGGAUUGUGAAUUUUGCGAGGUCUCCACGGAUUGUUUAAAUAUACGAGGCUACGAAGAAUAUUCAUGCAAUGACUACUAUUUGGACAUGCUUAUUGAAGAAAACCGUUUUUUCAUCGUGUCCCCAAAAGAUAUAGUCGUUGCCAGCCCCUAUGACAUCGACGACAGGGUCAACUGGCUAACCGAACACAGUAGGUUCGAAAAAGCUAUAGCCGUUUUGGAAGAGGUUGGUGGCAAAACUUCGAAACACUCCGUGACUACCGUCGGUGUUCAGUAUUUAGAUCAUCUCAUGUCGGAACAACUCUUUGAGGAAGCGGCGAUCUUGUGCGCACGGAUAUGCAGGAAUGAUAAGGUUCUAUGGGAAACACAAAUCCUUAAGUUUUCUGCUGUGAAGCAACUGCGGGCUAUCAGCGCCUACGUACCGAGAGUUCCCGAACAAGCGUUAAGUCCUCACAUAUACGAAUUGAUUUUUUACGAGUAUCUCAACGAAGAUCCGCAGGGCUUUCUAAAGUUGGUACAAGAUUGGAACCCAUCGUUGUACAAGACUGGAUUCAUCGUCAAUAAGGUCAUAGAACAUUUGCUCUCCAAUGAAGUUGAUAAGAAUGUUUAUUUAGAAGCUUUGGCCUUACUUUACUGCUAUCAAAAGAAGUACGAUAAGGCACUGACGACUUACCUAAAACUAAAACAUAUGGACGUAUUUAAGUUAAUAACCAAACAUGAUAUGUACACUGUGAUAUAUGAUAAAAUCCUCGAUCUGAUGAACCUCGAUUGUGAUAAAGCCAUUUCGAUACUAUUGGACAAAACACCCGUAGAGCUAAUUGAUAAACAGCAAGAGAAGACCAAAGUGCCAGUAGAGAUUGUAGAAAAACAAUUGGAAAACCAUGAUUUGUACCUGUUCAAAUACCUAGAUGCCUAUAGCAAGAUCGAACCUAAUGGUAGAUACCACGGGAAGCUUAUCCGGUUAUACGCUAAAUAUGCAAGGGAGAAAUUAUUACCGUUUCUGAAAUGCAGCGACAAUUAUCCUAUCCAGGAGGCCUUAGAUGUGUGUCAAAGUAAUGAAUUUUAUCCGGAAAUGGUGUUUCUCCUGAGUCGCAUCGGGAACACCAGGGAGGCUUUGCAGAUUAUAAUAGAGAAGUUGAACGAUAUAAACCAGGCGAUAAACUUCUGUCAAGAGCACAACGACAAGGAGCUAUGGACUGAUCUAAUUAAGCAGACGGUAGACAAACCCGAGUGCGUCACGUUGCUACUGAAGAGAAUAGGGAACUACGUCGAUCCCCGUAUGUUGAUACAAAACAUACAGCCCGGUUGCGAAAUCAAGGACCUUAAGGAAUGCCUGGCGAAGAUGAUGUGCGACUAUCACCUCCAGAUGUCAGUCCAAGAGGCCUGCAAGGUCAUAACCCUCCGAAACUACUUCGACCUCCACGAGAAACUUAUCGUUGGCCAGCAGAGAGGCAUAUCGGUGACCGACGACUUUUUGUGCCACGUGUGUCAAGGGCGUAUCAUCAUCAGGGACCUGUCGAACGCCUCCAAUUUAAUAGUUUACAAUUGCAGGCACUCAUUCCACAUAGAAUGUUUGCCCGACGGUGUACAGUGCAAUAAUUGUUACGUAUGCAGUGCCGUCAAGAUG